CCCACAAUAACGAGCCAACUACUGGCGAUCGUCAUUUAAGCGGCGGCUAAACGAUACCGUGCAAAAUAAUGCAAAAGUGACAUAAAAAUGGCCGAAGAAAACCAAAACAUCGUUCGCGCUCCUAUGGACUACGCAAUCAAAAUCAUCAAAUGGAAGGUUCGUGAAGGUUAUCCGGUAACCGGAGGUUCCAUCAUUCUUUUCUACGAGUGCAUCAGCAUAAACGAGAAAGAUGUUCGGCGUCUCAAGGCAACGAAAGCAGGCGUCGUGAAAAAGCGCCUUGCCAGGGAAGGAGAUGUUGUUGAUAAAGGUGAACCAUUAUUAGAGUUGGACCAAUGUAAUCAUACCACGGUUAUUAAGGAUAUGUGUGCCGACUGUGGUGCCGAUUUACGACAAGAUGAGAAAGGUGCCGGUUCGGAGGCAUCAGUUCCAAUGGUUCAUUCUGUUCCAGAUUUAAAAGUAACGGAAACAUUAGCUAAAAAACUGGGUCAAGAGGACACAGAACGUUUGUUGCGGGAUAGAAAACUUGUUCUACUGGUGGAUUUGGAUCAAACACUGAUCCAUACAACGAAUGACAAUGUACCCAACAACCUGAAGGACGUAUACCAUUUUCAAUUAUACGGUCCAAAUUCACCCUGGUAUCAUACGAGGUUACGGCCGGGUGCUCUGGAGUUUCUAUCAAAAAUGGACCCUUAUUAUGAGCUACACAUAUGUACUUUUGGAGCUCGUAACUACGCACACAUGAUUGCACAAUUUCUUGAUGAGGACGGAAAAUUCUUCUCUCAUCGAAUUUUGUCGCGGGAUGAAUGUUUCAAUGCGACUAGCAAAACCGACAAUCUCAAAGCUUUAUUCCCCUGUGGAGAUUCGAUGGUGUGCAUCAUUGAUGAUCGGGAAGAUGUGUGGAACAUGGCAACCAAUUUAAUUCAGGUUAAACCGUAUCAUUUCUUUCAGCACACAGGGGAUAUCAAUGCUCCACCAGGCAUGUCCAAAAACGAACUUGACGGGAAGGGCGUAGAUUUCAAAGCAGAUUUAAUAAACCAAUUUUCGAGAGAUAAAAAAGAAAAGGACGAUCCCGAAGAUAGUCGUCCCCCAACACCGAAAAUUGAAACGGAUGAGGUCAAAACAGCAGAAGAUAUACCUCCCAAGGAGGUUGUGGAGUCUUCUAAAAAAGAUGAGGAAACGAAGAAGACUGAAACCGUCACAGUUACAGAGCUUUCGUUAUCGGAAAAAGUAGAUGAGACCGAAACUCCAGUCGAAAAAGCGCCUGAAGUAGAGAACUCGGUGGAAAAUGUCAAAACAAUCGAACCGGAAUUAGAAAUUAAAAGUAAUUUGAUAGAAAUCAAUGAUCCGGAUGAUUACCUUCUAUACUUGGAACAUAUAUUGAUCACAAUUCAUCAAAAAUUCUAUGAAGAGUAUGACAAAACCAAAGAGAUUUCCGAUCUGAAGCAACUUAUCCCGCAAGCAAAAUCGCAGGUUCUCGUGGGUUGCAAUUUGGUUUUUUCAGGUUUAGUGCCCAAUAACAUGAAACUGACACAGAGCAAAGCGUACCAGGUCGCUCGCAGUCUCGGGGCCCAGGUCACACAAGAUUUUAGCCCGGAAAGCACUCAUCUAGUUGCGGUCACUUUCGGCACCUCCAAAGUACACAAUGCUCGUAAAAAUCCUCGGAUAAAAAUUGUGACUCCAGAAUGGCUUUGGACAUGUGCUGAACGAUGGGAACACGUAGAAGAAUUGCUUUAUCCUCUCAAAACUUCGAAACCUUCUAAAAUGCGUCAACCGCCUCCGCAUUGCCAUAGUCCCGAACAUUCUGUUAACUACGGUGCUGGAAGUUCUGGAAGGAAAACAACAGAAAAAAUACCGCCUAAAUUUAGUGACACAAUCAAUCCAUUGCUGAGCUUUUCAAAUGAUGAUCUUAAUGCAAUGAACGAUGAGUUUGAUGAGUUCUUUGAAUCAGACGACAGUUCUAGCGACGAUGGUCCUGUUGAUAUUGAAAAUCCCCCUCUGGACAAGUCUUUACGGAAAAGAAAGCGGAAAGAAGAAGAUGAAAACAAACGAAACAUUUUCCAGAAAAAGCAAGAAAUGGAGGAUGAGGAAAACAGCAGAACUCUUCUUAGGUAUGUAGAGGACAAUGAAAAUAGUCAAACGAAUCUUAGUUCCGAUGACGAUGAGAGCCCUAGUGCCAAAUUUAGAAGAGGCGGCAAUCUACCGUCUGAUCUGGACAUGGGUUCCAACACCGAAGGUAGCGAAGAUCCAAUCGACGACGUGGAUGACGGCGAUUGGAACAUGAUGGGUGCCGCUCUAGAACGGGAGUUUUUAGGUUUAGACGAGUAGUUGCGGUGGACACGUUAACUACUUUGUAACUAUAGUUUGUUGGUAUUAGUAGUACAAAAGCGACUAGUGACCUCAAGUUUCGCUGUUUCUCGUUUCCUGUUAAAUGUUGUAUAAAGUGACACAAAGCCUGUAGUGUUAAGGUCGGAUAUUUAAUUUAUAGUAUUUGAAUUGUAUAAUAUUUACUGAAACUUG